AUGGAGUUCACGCGAGCGACGAGCGCGCUGACGACGCCGAGGGGGGGGGUGAACGAUGAGAACGCGUCCGUGAUGCCUCGGAGCGCGUCGGUGAAGGGACAAAGUGGCGGGUUGGGGGGGCACACGGCGGUUGGUCCGCAGAAGACGUUCGCGCACGGCGCGGCGCCGAAGACGCCGGGACGCGCGGCGCUCGGGAACAUCACGAAUGGGACAUCCGCGGGGGGGGGGGGCGGUGGGUUGAGCGUGCGGAAACCGAGUGGAUUGUCGAAUCGCUCCGACGCGGGGGGGCGAUCGAAGGUUGUGGAGAAACCGGAGAUGACUGAGAGCGAAAAGUGGUUCGCCGAGGCGCGGGCGCAAAUGUCGGAAGCCGAGCUCAAGGAGAUGCGAGCGCGGGCGGAGCGGUACGUGGACGAGGACGACGACAUCGAGUAUUUUGGAAAGACGCGCGAGCAGCAAAAGGUGGAGUUGGAGGCGCAUAAUCGAGCCGAAACCGAGGCGAGAGUUCGCGAACUUCUCAACUACUCGGGGGGGUUUAAACCUCGAGCGCCGGAUUCGGAUCACGUUCGAGUCGGUAUGCGACACCUCGAGGUGGCGAAAUCGUUGGAAAAAACGAGCGAUGUAUUCGAUCUCGGCGGUGAGGACGACUUGUGCAACUUUUUGAGUCCGACAAAGGCUUGGGACGACUUGGGCGACGACUCGGACGUCUUGGCUCCGCCCUCCGUGGACGACGUCUUGGCCGCCGUGGACGACGAGAUGGACGACAUUAUGAAAAACUGGCAAAAUUCGUAA